AUGAACUAUAAAAGAAAAAGACAAGUGAUGGAGGUAAUCAAACAAUUACAACAACAACUCGACACUCUUUCUUUGAUCGAAAAAAGUCUGAGCGAGCAAUCGCAACGAACAAAUGAAGUCGACGAGUUGGUCACCGGCAUCGACGAGAAGUCGUCGGACCUUUUUGGGAAGUGCAAUGUCAUAUUAAAAAAGAAAAAGGAACAACAAAACACACUUGAGGCGAUUAAUAAGGAGAUAAGGUACUACGACGCUUUCGACGAACUCGCGCGGGCAAUCUCAAACCCAAAGUCGAUUGAUUUCUACUCUGCGCAGUUCAAGAACGUGUACUUGGAAAUUAGCGAUUGCAUCGAUUAUUUCCAGAUGAAGAAGACAGACUCAGUGUGUUAUAACUACUUCCUGCGAUACCAACAACUCAAGAGCAAAGCACUCAACUACCUCUCCGUCUUUGUGAAGAAACAAAUUGAUGUGAUGCAUCAGUCGUGUAAGACACUUCCCGUUCUCCCCCUCAGUCAAUUCACAACAAGUACGUUAUACGAGUCACAAGUGUCUGCGAACUUUUCGACACUUAUUGACAUUUUGAAAUUGAAAAACGGGAUUCUCGAGUCGUCGUAUUUGGACGAAUGCGUGAAGCACUAUAUAGCAAUCAGAAAAGCACUUCUCUUACCUUAUGUCAGCAAGUUGUUGACAACACUCGAACAAAUCAAUCCGAAUGCAAGUGUUGUCACUCGAGAAGGCGGGAUCUAUCUCUUCACAAUCUUCUAUAAGGAAGGGAAGCUGUUCCGUUCGCUGUUUUCACAAGACAGUCAAGCCCUUAAAGUUGUGUUGGGAGAGGUUUUCGAAGUGUAUUCAACAUAUGUAUCAACACUCUGUUACUCAUGCCAUGACCUUGGUGUGUUGUGUACUGCAUUGACUUACUUACGAGAUGAACAAAUUUUGUAUCGAUUACCACAUUCAAAGCUCGUCGCGUUACCGGAAUAUGCGCCAUUCCAGGCGUGUGUUGAAACUUUGAUUUCUUUGAUAUCGGAAAGACUGUUACAUGUGUCUUUGUUGUUGGUGAACACUUUAAUAGCAAAUUACUCGCCACAAACAAGCGAUUUGGACUAUCCAAAUAUUUUCAAGACGUCGAGUAUCUCCGAUUUACCGUUCAGACUUGUGUUGUAUCCACCAACAGCAAACACCCUCACACUACUUUCAAAUCUGCAUUUUGCACUCGACCCAAAACCAUUUUCGGAAGUUGCGUCGACGGCCGUGAUAUCGUGUGUGGACGCCGUGUUGAGAGCUUCUAAAAUGGUGUGUCCAGAUAAGCAAUUUGAUGGCAAACUUUUUGCUAUCAGAAAUCUGUGUAUUCUGCGAGACCAAAUAGUCCCCUUCACAUGUGUGGAUGACUCAUUGCGUAAAGUCGAGUCUGCCAUCCAAGAAUUAAGCGGUGAGGUAUGCAACGAGAUUUUGAAGAUCUUAUGUCCGACUGGUGUGGAGUCGUUGCGUAAGAUUGGGGAGAAGUUAGAUGGUGUUGAUUCCCAAAUUCUUCAAGAAGUGAACACGUCCAUACCCCGUGUGAAAGAUAUUUUGUUGCUCUUUAAUGUUUACCUCCAUCAAGUCCACCAGAAAGAGCUGAUUGAAAUCUUCAAAGCAAGGAUUUUGUACUUCUCUCAUAAGCUAGCCGUCAUCCUAAGGAAGGAAGAAUUUGAAAAACAGUUUGUUGAAGGGGUAUCUGUAGUCUUUACAGAGUAA